CCUGGAAAAUACUUUCCAUAAUUUCUUACCAGAUUGGGGCAAUCAAUUGGGGAAUGCUUUGCAUUUGAGAUACAUGAUGGCUCCCAUUUGAAACAAUAAAUUUCCAAAAUAUCGUUCUUUGGAAGAAGCAAGAAGUGGAAGACUUUAGAUCUCUAUAUAUUUUGGAUGAUUGGUAAAUAGUGCGACAUUUGAAGUAUUGUAUCUCAUAAAUUGAUGAGAGCUGUAGGGGAUUGAUGGUAGUGAUACAACCACAACACAUGAUAAUGAGAGAUCAGUGCACAAAUUGCUUUGAUAGAUGGGGAAUAAGGAAGACGAGGAGUUCUAUCGCAAGAUCCAAAUCCUCUCAAGGAAAGAGCUUCAAGGUUUGUGCAGGAUUUAUGGUCUGCCUUCAGAUACUUCAGUUGAUGAUUUGGUGAAAUUGAUGCUCUCUUCCUUAGAGAGAAAAAGUGUGAGCUCGAUAUCCUCUGGGGAUAAAUCAAGUGGGACUAAAGAGCUCCCCCUUCCUGCAUCUUCAACACCACAACUACAACGUGGAACACAGUUAAAAUCUAGGGUGGAAGCUGGAAAAGUUAGCUGUGGGAUCAUCGUCUCUCGUCCAAGAGAGGAGGAUAACAAUGAGAAGUAUUCCCAAACUGGAUGCAAAGAACUGGGGAUUUGCAUGGUGGCUGAGACUUGUACUAAGGCAUCAGGUAAGGAAAUUUCUGAAGGCUUUGGUUCUUCAAGAAAUACUCUCCAAGAGACAUCCCAUUCACAAAUUGUUACCCUACGUGAUGAGAGUGGUUUUAACUCUAAAAAGGAUUCCCCAAAAAUGAGGUCUGGUAAGAAUUGUUUUGAUCAUGCAAGAGAGGGUGGGGCAGGUGAUUUCCCCCCAAUUCAACAUAGAGACAUAAAUAUUGGUGCAUCUUCUGGAGAAAGUGCCUCUGCUUCCUCUACAAAAGCUCCAUCCUCUUUGUUUGAGUAUCAUGUCAGGUCAGAUGAGGGGAUUAAUCUUUAUGUUGACUUGAAUUCAGGCUCAUCAUAUUGGACCAACAGGUUGAAAAAUGAGGUGUAUGUUUGUCGACAUGAGAGUAAUCAAAGGUUUCAAGGUAUUCAUCAGGAUCUUGGGCAGAGACUAGUUGCUAGUGCUAGACAUGACAAAAAUUUGUCUCUCUGGAAUAAACUUUCAGGCUGUGGAGCAAAUGAUGGCCAUGUAGAAACUGGAUCUUUGCCAAGUUCAAAUUUGAGAGAAAAUGGUCUCAUGGAGGAUACUCCAGGUGUUGAUGAUGGGUCAUUUAGGUCUGGUGAGGUACAAGCAUGUAGCAUUGCUGUAGAAACAUUGGGGAGUCCGGAGGAAGAUCAAGCAAUUCUGUUAUCAUCAAGACCUAGUUCUGAUGUACAGAACCAUAUGAUUUCUGGUACUAAAACCUGUUCCGAAGAUGGGGAAACAACAACUCUUAAUUCAAGCGUUUGUUCUUUUUCCAAGGUAAAAUCAACCAGUAACUCUGUUGCAAACUCAACAUCAGAUGGCCCAAAAAGUUUCAAUGCAGGGGAGCAUCAAAAUUCAAAGCUUUGUACUGAAAUUUGUGAGAAUUCAACCCUGCAGAACACUUCCAAUAUUGUGAAUCCUAGUGUGGCAAGUGGUUCUGUGGAGAUGCGGUUAUCUGAAGAUGUAAAUCACUGCACAAGUGCCUCAUUUUCUCCUUGUGGAAAUGGUGGAGUCCUGCAUUUGGUCAAUCCAAUGCACAAGGCGGAAACCGAACAUGGUGGACUUGCCAACUCCAAUGUGCCUAAUCAGGAAACUUGCAGGAAACAUCUAGCUUCAGGGGCUGAAGAACGGGAAGGUGGGACCAAUCUUGCCAAAGGAACAAACAGUAUAGAAACAUUGCAAUUUGGCAAUUCUUUGGACAAGACUUGUUUGAAGUCUGAUAGUUCAGAUUCAAUUGAAGGACUUCACAGAAAGAGGAAACAUAAUGAUGGUGAAUUUCAUAGCAGCACAGAGCAUCUCUCUGGAGAGGUCCUUCCCAGACGAUCCACACGGCUAGUCUCCAAGUGAGAUCCGCAAGCGUGUGUAGGCCACAGAAGGAUUCCUUGCCUUUACCUACACUCCAUUGUUUCACUUCUGGGAUGCUGUUUAUGGUUACUACAUUCAUUGGGGAAUAUUAAACACAGAAAUAAUAAAUCCACAAGAUAGUUCUUAGAGGUGCAUGCUGUCUUAUAAAUUUUCUGGUUAUCAUUCAGAACUUAAUGUUGUUUUCUGUUGGUUGUUUGUGAGUUAAUGUAUUGUUACUAUUGUAUUCUCACAUUUGUCUACUCUGGAAAAAACAUUUUGUGGCAAAAAGUUGGGAAAUGUUAGAAACAGAUAGUUACUGUGGCUC